AACGACAAGGAAUCCCCAAAUCAAAACUGUAGUCAUUAAUUGCUAUUUGAACCAAACGCAAUAAUAAAUCGCGAUUUGAAAAAAAAAAUACUGCGGAGCGCCCCGUGUGCGUGCGCGUCCACAGGUGGUACGCGGCUAGCCAGCUUCGCCUGCGUCUGCGGUGACGUAGAGAAGUUGUGGCCGGGCGCGUGCUCGUGUUACCCUGCAAACCGGCUAGAUGUUUUGAAACGAGAGAGAUCGAGCUCAGCUGACAAGCUGCUAGAGAGACAGGAACCUGAGGGGGAUUUAAAAACAGGGCAGCCGGGCCCGCUGGGUUCUAUGUCCGGCUACAGAAGGGAAGUUGUUCCUAGCCGGCGCCGCUGCUGGUGGUGCUUGUCGUGGGAGGGAGAGGGAGAAGGGAGAAGGGAGAGCCAGGGCUGCUAGGAUCCCAAGGACUUUAUCAGAAUAAUGAACCGUAGGUAUCAGAGAUGCAGCCAUAUGCAUGUUAGAAAAUAUUUGGACUAAAUCCCGAAACGUACAGGAUUGAAUUAAUAUAAAACAGGCAUGAGCAAAUACUCAGACAAGGCGUCUCUGCUUAGUCCACCUGAAAGCCCGGAGAAAAGCGGUACCUCGGUCGGAGACAGUGAAUGGGAUUUGGGAAGCGACGUGUUCGUGCGCUGCUAUGAAGAGCCGAUGGGCGGGGAGCGGAUCCAUGGAGGGAUGCGAUCGGUCCAGGCAGGCUUGGACAGACUGCCGCUUGUACGGGCUCGGCACCGGCCCUCCCAAGACGGUAUGAUGUUGGGCCUAGUGGAAGACCCGUAUCCUGGUUUCCACAGUGGUUCCGACUCGGGCGCUGCCUAUCUGGAAACAGGGGAGCCGGACUACAGCGAGAGCGACGGGAAUGUCGCCCCGGUGAUGGAAACGAGGAAGCGGAACCGCUCCAGCAGUUCGAGACACCGGUACGAGGUCGUCACCGAGCUGGGGCCCGAGGAGGUCCGCUGGUUUUACAAGGAGGACAAGAAAACCUGGAAACACUUUGUCGGCUACGACUCUCUGAAAAUCGAAGUGAUGUACCGCAAGUUCCUCGAGCUGAACCCCAGCAAGGCCAGGCGCCUGGGGGUCGCCGGUUCGGAGGAGGGCGAAGAGGCAGCAGCUGGGUCAGAGGUAUCCGUGGGUGAGACACGGGAUGUUGAAGGCGAGGGACAGGUGUCCGUAGAGCAAGCCAGCAGCGGAAGUGCAGACCGAGGGACCGACGACGGAGCAGACACCAGGGAGAGAGACCUCGAUUCGAUUAUCAUCAAUGUCGAGCCCGUCUGCGUUAGAGGUGGACUGUACGAGGUGGACGUUAAAGAGAAGGAGUGCUAUCCGGUGUACUGGAACCAGCAGGACAGGAUCCCAGUGAUGAGGGGACAGUGGUUCAUUGAUGGCACAUGGCUUCCACUAGAGGAAGAGGAGAGUGACCUCAUUGAGCUGGAACACUUGAGCUGCUUCCGUGGACACCAGAUGCAAAACAGUUUCGACACUGAUGUUGUGGCUAAGACAGUCGACAGCAAGGACGUUCUCUCCCAUCUGCCCCCUUUCUACCUCCCCUUUCUGUUCAAAUGGAGAGGAUAUCAGCCGAAUGCUAAAACUGCAUGUCACAAGCGAAAACGUUGCCAAGCUAUUCACAGCCUAAAACUGAGCCGCAGUCAUGUUGACUGGCACAGUGUGGAUGAGGUGUACCUUUACAGCGAUGCCACCACCUCCAAAAUAGCCCGCACAGUCACACAAAAGCUAGGCUUCUCCAAAGCAUCAAGUAGUGGGACACGUCUUCACCGUGGGUAUGUCGAAGAGGCCUCCCUUGAAGACAAGCCACCUCGGACUACACACAUUGUGUUUGUCGUUCAUGGGAUUGGACAGAAGAUGGACCAAGGACGCAUCAUAAAGAACACUGGCAUGAUGAGAGAUGCAGCACGAAAAAUGGAAGAAAAGCAUUUUUAUGAUCAUGCAUCGGAACAUGUGGAGUUUCUGCCUGUGGAAUGGAGGUCAAAACUAUCUCUGGAUGGAGAUACUGUGGAUUCCAUCACACCAGACAAAGUGCGUGGACUUAGAGACAUGCUCAACAGCAGUGCCAUGGACAUUAUGUACUACACCAGCCCUCUGUACAGAGAUGAGAUCACUAAGGGCCUGACUCAGGAGUUGAAUCGCCUGUAUUCGCUCUUUUGCACCCGAAACCCAGACUUUGAAGAGAAGGGAGGUAAAGUGUCCAUUGUUUCCCAUUCACUGGGCUGUGUCAUCACCUUCGAUAUUAUGACUGGCUGGGACCCUGUGAGGAUGUAUCAGCAGGAGCAUCAGGAGCUGGAGGAGGUGGACAUGAGUUGGCUGAAUUAUGAGGAACGCCAUCUUCUGGAACAGCUGCAGCUCACUAAGCGGAGGCUAAGAGAUCUGGAGGAACAACUUCAGGGGUUGGAAACCUCUAAGGCACUGGCCUCACCAGCUUUAAAAUUUAAGGUUGAGAAUUUCUUCUGUAUGGGAUCUCCAAUGGCAGUGUUCUUGGCUUUGCGGGGUAUCAGACCCGAAAACAAUGGGUGUCAGGACCACAUACUGCCCAAGUCUAUCUGCCAGCGCCUCUUCAACAUCUUCCAUCCAACUGACCCUGUGGCUUACAGGCUGGAACCUCUUAUUCUAAAGCACUACAGCAACAUUGCACCCGUCCAAAUACACUGGUGUAACACUACCAACCCUACUCCUUAUGACCAGAUAAGACCUACGUUCAUCAACCCCAUUAAAGAGACUACCUCAGCCUCAGACUCCGAGAGCAUCCCCAGUCCCAGCACCUCUCCAGUCAUGGCAAGACGUCACUAUGGAGAAUCUAUCACCAACCUUGGGAAAGCCAGCAUCCUAGGUGCUGCAAGCAUUGGGAAGGGCAUUGGAGGAAUCCUGUUUUCUCGGUUUGCACGGUCUAGUAGCCAGGUAUCCACAGCUGAGGGCACUGCUGCAGAGGGCGAGGACAAGAGGCCAGUGGACACUCAGUCAUCCUAUGGUCUUUCCAGCCUCUCUCAAUCCAGCUCCACAGUAGUCGACACAACAUUGGAAUUGGAGCACCGGAUUGACUUUGAACUGCGUGAGGGUUUGGUGGAAAGCCGAUACUGGUCCGCUGUGACAUCGCAUACAGCUUACUGGUCCUCCCUGGAUGUUGCAUUAUUCCUGCUGACUUUCAUGUACAAGCAAGAGCUGGCUGAAGGCACUGAGGAAAGUCCUGACCCUGUGUAACACACACAUUUGUACACACACACACUGACCUCCAUCCUUCCUUCUCCUUGUUCAAACAGCACUGACCCUGUGGAAGUCUCAGUCUUGAAGACGCAUGAAUCCACUGCACAAGAAGAACUGUCAAUCCAGAUCAGAUGGAACUUUCACUGAGACUGGAAACUUUAUAAAGCCACAAGUGUGGAGGAAAUGUCACAGACCAACAACAGGACCGCACUGGUGGAAUGACAUUCUCACGUGGAAACUUGGGAGUUUUUCCACGCACAAGAAUGACUUAAAGCCCUUCCCAUUCAGGCUUGGGCCAUCCACACUUUUAACAGGAGACCAUUCUGCUGUAAUUCCUCGGACCACUGAGCUAAUACAAUGCAGUUCCUUGCAUUCCCAUUUAUCCACUUUGUAGCAGCAAUCGCCUAGCUUUGUCAGAACUGGAAUCUUCAUUAUUUUGCUUAAUUCUCAAAGAUAUUUAACUUCAUUGUUAUGAUUACGUAUUAACAGCUACUUAACAUAAACUGGAAGACUGUUUUUAUUAAAAUUUCCUGUGGGGGGAGGUUUAAAAAUGGACAAAGUGGAGAAAAAAGCAUUUAUUUUAGUGCUAUUUAUUUUCUUACUUUUUUCUGCAACAAGAUAUUAUCGUGCAUAGGUUCCCUUCACUUUCAUAUUACUCAUAGUUGAAAUAUACCAGGAGAUGAUAAGCUAAAUCACUUUUUAUUUGAACAAAUAUGGCAAAUGUAUUUUACGAAAUCCUUUGAACAUUUGAUGUAGUGUAUAAAUUCAUGUUGAUUAAUAUUUGUAAUAUUCUUAGAAAUCACCAGUGUCAUUUUUCCCUUUGUAAUGGCUUUCUCUAGAUAUCACAUUUCUAUAUUGGCUAUAAUAAAAAUGAUCCAGCUUUAUAAUCUACUGGUAUGUAAAAAAAUGGUGCUGUAAUUUUGUUUCUUCAUUAGAUCUAUUUCUAAAGUGCAGUUUCAGAAUUAAAUCUGGCAUGAAUACCGACAAAUAAAACUUCAGUUUUAUCUAAUAAUCAAGUACAUCUAAGUACUACUAUAUCAGUUCUUCUGCUAUCAUUCCCAUUGACAGGGUGGAAUGCAUUAUGUCUUAGACAAUGAGAAAGUUGUGUGCUGUACCAAAACUACUGCUCCUGUACUUAAUUUGUGAUUUUGACUCCCACUUUUCACCUUUACAAGUUAUUUCUGUGAUGAUCAUUUAUUUCCUCACUACUGGAUUCUAAUACAUCCCUAGCUGGGAUGUGUUGGAAACAAGGGCCAGUAUUUGGCCAGUAGAUGUAGUACAAUUAUUUGAAAACUGAGGAGGAAAGGAGGCAGUCAGACCAUACAUUUAUAAGUAUGAAGCUGUCAUGAGCUGUGUUUGCAUGCAGUGACCUUUACAAGAAUUGCAUGAGGUAUUUGAAUUUGUUGGCACAGGUCUCCCAGUUCAGGUCAUUGAGGACUUUAGGACAUUCAGUCUACCAUGCUAAUGACAGUCUGCUUUCAGUGAUAUGAAGUAAAGGGAAUCUAAUGCCUAAUUAAUUGUUGUGGCUGAAUGUUUGAAUUUGGUCUUUAAAGAGAUGGUCUGUUUUACUUGCUUUAACUUUACGUAAUCAAGGUAAAACGUAAAGUGAAAGGGCAUUCAGACCACCCAUAUAGUGCCAUUCCAUGAAUUAAAGUAAUGUAGGGCAAUGUUAGUGGUAAUUUAAAUACAUGACUUUCCUUGUGUAAUUGUGAAUGAUUUUACUUUAAAAAUGUAUUUAAAAAAAACACUUUCCUUUUAAAAUAAGUCAAACAUUAGCACAACCCUAGAGGAAACCCCAGAAGCAAGCUACUGAGUCAUUUCAUGAGUAAACUCUACAGCUAGACCCAGUAGAACUAGGCCCCAAAACUACUUCAGUUUUUGUGACAUUUUCAGUCUAAAACAGAAUAAAACCUUAAAUUUGACAACCUUAGUAGGAUAGUUAUCCUCAAAAUAAUUUAUCUGAAUCCUUCCUAAAAAUUAAAAGGAUUAUAUGAGUCAUUGUAUGACGUUUAUUUUGUCCAGAAACAGUAUGCAGCUGUCUCGCAACCUCAUCUUCCCUUUAUAAUUUAUAUUUUUUAUUGUGAUUUUUUAAAAUUAUAUAUAGAUUAUUUUGAAUCAAACCAAAUCAUAGGAAUGCAGGGCUAAAGUUUUUACAAAGAAUUUCAUGGCAAAAUGGAAUUGGUUUUUUGCCGUCAUUUCAUGCUCUACUUUUGAAGCAAAUCAUCUUGACUUUCAUUGCAUUGCACGUACUGGCUUGAUAAAACUCAUGUAAAUUAAGUUGUCUUCAGCUUCCUUCCAGCUGAUGUCUAUAAAAUACUUAGAACAAAACUGAAGAUUUUGUAGAUGUAAUGUUUACAUUUAAAACCAAAUCACUGUAGGAGAUUGUUUUAUUUGAUUUUUUCCACAUAUUGUGUGUUUGCUUGUUUGUUUUUUGGGGAGAAAAUAAUAAUUCCAGUGGUUGGCGAAAUCAAUAUGCAUAGAUUUGCUUUGAUAUUUUAGUUUGUUUCACCAGAUAUUUCAGAUUUUCACCAGACUGAUAAUUUUGUUUAAGAAAAGAGCAUGGAAAUAAAGAUAACCAAGGCAAUUCUUCAGCCUUGGGGGGGGGGGAUACACAAAUUGAAGUUUUAACAAACCACAAGACUUGGAGCAUAUGAUAGAUUUAAAAUUAUAAAGCAAAAAUUCAAAACGACACGUUGAAUGCUGAAAACCUCUUUGUUUUCUGUAGAAAGUUUUGGAAUACAAAAAAAGAAAUUAAUGUACCAUAAUCUCUUAGAACCUCAUGUAGCAUACUUUCUUGUGGUCUGUUUUCACUAUUUUUAUAAAUACUACUGUUUUUGAAAUACAACUAAUUAUUGAAUUGUACUCAUCUUAUGUCCCACAAAUUACUUGUUGUUACAGUCAUUCCAUUUACAUUCAAGAACUUUUCAAAUGAAUCGUUCUUGGUCUGUUCAUGACAAGCGAACAGUUUUAUUUUUAUUUACAGUAGAAAAAUUAUAUUUUUUCAAUCUUUCAAUCUAAAUCUCAAUUGCCAUUACCAAAUUAUUUCUUGUUAAGUAUCAUGGCUUCCCCAGAUAUUUUUAAAACAUUAAAAAAUGUUGAUAAAAAGCUACUUGAUUGAUGUAUGAAAAAUAUGGAGAGAAAACAAUUGGUACCAAUGUCAUCUUGGCAAAACUACUUUGUCAGAAAAUUAAAGGGGUUUACAGAGUUGCAUACAGUACCUUUUGUUUGUGUUUAUUUUUUGAAGGAAGCCCUUUUUUUAAUAGCAGUAGCAGCAGGUGUUCCAUCCACUGGGUGUCAGUAUUUCUACUUUCAAACAAAGAGCUAACAGUUCGGGGACUUAAAACUGGGAAAUUGAUCCUCAAAACUAUGUGCAAAUGAAAAUACUGUACAUUGGCAUCACUGUGCUUAAGUAUCCUGAAUUGUAAUAGUGCUGCUGGCACCUACAAUCUAUAAAUAUAGGUAUGUUUUCAUAAUGGACCUGUCUGUACUUUGCCAGACAGCAGGAAAGCUUCUCUCCAGUCUUUGAAGGUCAGAGGCCCUGUAUGUCCUUACGUACUUUAUAGUUGAAAUUUGAUUAAUCGCUUGCUAUGAUUAAUGCAUCAUUUCUGUAAGCAGUUGAUGUGAAUGUAACUGGCAGAAUCCAAGCCUUCACAGACUGGAGUUUGCAUCACUACUGUAAACCUCAAGCAGUGUCAAUGUAGAAUUUCUCUCAGUAAGGAGAGAUUAAUGAGGCUUGAGGGAGGGGAAGUGUUCAGCCAAGGAUUUUAAGGAGUCAGUCUUCUUAGAAACUCAUCAUUUUGAUUUUGAUCUGCUCAAUGUUCAGGAUCUUUGCAAAUUGAAAAUGCUUGGCGCCACAUUUACCAAAGUUAAUUGAGUGUAGCACUGUUUCCUACUAGUUUCUUUGUGUUCAGAUGCUUACAUUUUUUAAAUAAGUAAACCUGAAAGCCUAGGGUUUGAUGUGCUGCUGAAAUAAAAAAAAAGACAUGGAAAAUAUUGGGGAUCUACUGAAUUAUGAAACAUCCAUAGUUGAUCCAUAAAGUGAAAAUGCAGUGAAACACAGAAAGCUACAUUUUAAUUUUGAAAUCUGUGCUGUGAAAUAGACCGUGAUCUCAAUAUGUACCUUGAAUAAGAUUAUUGAGUCAAGAAUGUGUAAAUUUGACUGGGCUCUCAUAUUUCUAAAACCUUCUCAAAGACUGUUAUUUAACUUGACAUUAAAACGCUACGCUGACAAACUAUUGACUCUUUAAGACGUGCAAUAACUGAUGCCUGUAAUGGAUUAACUCUGCCAUUCAAAUAGCUGUAUUUUUUUCUUUUAUUAAAAACCUACAUUUCCUUUUUGACAUAA